AACGCCUUUCGCUAAAUGGUACAGCCCCAGUGUUUCUGUGGGAGCGCCCUAGAGCAGGAGCCGCCGCCUCAGCCUCCUCCUCCUCCUGCUGCUGCCGCCGCUGCUGCUGCCCGGCCGCUGGUCUAUGCCCCACCCCUGAGCCCGCAGCAGUCCGCGACAUGUCCACCCCGGCUCGGCGGCGCCUCAUGCGGGACUUCAAGCGGCUGCAAGAGGACCCCCCUGCCGGGGUCAGCGGAGCCCCGUCGGAGAACAACAUUAUGGUGUGGAACGCGGUCAUUUUCGGGCACAUUUAAACUUACAAUAGAAUUCACAGAAGAAUAUCCAAACAAACCACCUACAGUAAGAUUUGUCUCUAAAAUGUUUCAUCCCAAUGUCUAUGCAGAUGGGAGUAUAUGCCUGGAUAUACUUCAGAAUCGUUGGAGUCCAACCUACGAUGUUUCCUCCAUUUUGACAUCCAUACAGUCAUUAUUGGAUGAGCCUAAUCCCAACAGUCCAGCAAACAGCCAGGCCGCUCAGCUAUACCAGGAGAACAAGCGGGAAUAUGAAAAACGAGUUUCUGCAAUAGUAGAACAGAGCUGGCGUGAUUGUUGACCCAGGACGAUACAAACGAACAGUCUGGUCACAAGGAAAAACAAAUCUGUCUGGCCCCUGCCUUCUUUUCCUGUUAGCAUCAUUACAUUUAUUUUGUUGAAAACAAAACAGCCGCUAUGCUGUUGCCACCCUUCCUUGCUGAAGCUUUCUUUCUUCCCUCCCCUUCUGACAUCCGAGAACACCUACUACAAAGUCAAAUGUAUUGUACUUGGGUUACUUGUAAAAGAAUUACUAAUACUGAAUUCCUUUGCUGUGGUGCUUCAUCUCCAAUUUUAGGGUAGUAUCGUACAUUAAAUGUACUUCCCAGUAAGCUUUAAAAAUGAUAAUGGUUAUACACAGGGGUACUUACUUAUGUAUGUAGCUUGGUUACAUAUUCCUAUGCACAUAUGCACAUUAUAUAUAUGUAUAUAUAUGUAUAUGUAUAUAUAUAUAUAUAUAUGUAUAUAUUAAAAACCCCAACUGAUUAAAGUGAUGAAAAAUUAGUCCAGGCUGGCCUUAGGAACAGAUUGAAGCACUUACUCUACCCCACUUAGAAUGGAAAAACUUGUUUCCAUGUAAAAGAAGCCAUUUAUAAAGUUAGUCUGGGCUAUUCCUCAGAGAUGGUAGGUUAAUGACAAGAAGGAAAGUGUUGUUAAAUAGGAGCAUUGCUUACAAAAGAAAAAGCAACCCCAUCCACCCACAUUUGCAGGCUCUAACUGGUCUAGUAACCAGGUAUUGAAGGGACAAUCUCAGGUUUGAGCUAGGGAAGUAAAGAACUCUCCCUCUGCUUUGGAUGUUGCUGAAAAAUGAGAUCCAUUUUUGGUUUUUGGAGGAGGCCAAGCUGUCCAUACAGUUUUCUCUGUUUCUUAGGAGUUUAAAUUACCCAGGAAACACCGAGUACCUCUUGGCAAAAAAAGCAUCUUGUGCAAUCCAAGGCUCUGGAUCAAGCACUAAGUAUGCUUUUUAGUCCCUUCAGAUUCCCAAAAGGCUCCCUCUUUUUGGGUCAGAGUCCAGACACCCUUCAGGCUAAGGUCGUUUGGACUUUCUGAUAAAUGAUACCUUUAUUAGAACAGUGUGGGACACGGCUUAUAAAUGUUCUGUUUACAUCCAUUGUCAUCUUUUGUGCAGCUCAGUCUGUUCAAGUCAUUUUGCACAAGUAGCCCAUGUAAAAAGUGUACAUUUUUCCGGAAAUUGUAAAUAAAAAGUAACCUUAAAUUUC